AUGGUCAGAGGAUUAUUGCUUGCAUGUGUUGUUAUGUUCAGGCCUGCACUUCUUCAUGGCUUGUCGGUCCAGGCGGAGGAGCAGCAUCCGCGAGACGAGGAGUUGCAGUCGAAGUUGUUGGAGAUGCGUGGAAGCCGCUCGUCAUUUGUCCACAACGAUCUUGCCGAUCCUCGCGCCCCCCUCAGUUCGCUCAACGUGACAAGGCAAGCGGACGGACGGUCGAAUUGCGAAAUUUUGAGGGGCAACGUGCUGCCGAUUCGCGACAUCAAGAAUUUGGAAUUGUACCAUAUCAGCAAGUGUGGCGGUCAUACCCUGGAUGCCUUCUUCGCGGAUGGCCUCACCGAAAAAGGCAAGAUCGCAUAUUGCUAA